AUGCCUAACAUUCCUCUGAAUAAAGUGCGUAUUCCUAUACCACUUGGUGUUACGCCAGCUGACCCCGAAUUCCAGCAUCCGGGUCGCAUCGAUCUCUUGAUCGGUGCGGGCUUAUUUUGGAAGUUGUUGUGCAUCGGGCAGCACAAGGCAGGAUUAGGCAAUCUAGUAUGGCAAAAAACGCGCCUGGGUUGGGUGUUAGGAGGCAGUUUGAAUUGGCCCGGAGAAUCAACCAAACCCAUUCAAGCCUGCCACGCUAUAACAAAUGCACAGUUAGAUGCUUCGAUUUCGCGCUUCUGGGAUCUAGAAGAAGUAAAUUCACGCGAAUCAGCCUCGACGAGCGCGGCUAGUAGCGAGUGCGAGGCACAUUUUAGGAAAACCACGGUCCGCGACUCAGAUGGGCGUUACAUUGUUAGUCUUCCCUUUAACGACCGUCUAAACGAAUUAGGAGAAUCGCGCGAACAGGCAAAAAGGCGCCUGUUAAACAUUGAACGGAGAUUUAAACGAAAUCCGGACCUUCGUCUUCACUACUUAGCUUUCAUGAACGAAUACGAGGCUCUAGGCCACAUGUCACUAGUCCCCACCCACAAUAUAGAUAAUUCCAACGCGUGCUAUUAUUUGCCGCAUCACGCGGUAUUUAAAACAUCUAGUACUACAACGAAGGUUAGAGUUGUAUUUGAUGGCUCGGCGAAAACGUCAUCUGGACUUUCGCUAAACGACGCACAAUUAGUAGGACCGACGGUACAAAGUGACCUUGUCACCAUCCUUAUUCGAUUUAGAAAACAUCGCUUUGUACUAUCCGCCGAUAUAGAAAAGAUGUACCAGCAGGUUCUUGUUACGAAUGCGGAUCGCAAAUUUCAACGCAUACUUUGGCGCUCCAGUGAGAACGAGCCCAUCAAAACCUACGAAUUGAAUACCGUGACCUACGGAACGGCAUCGGCUUCAUUCUUAGCGACCCGCGCGCUCCAGCAGGUAGGACGAGAUUACGCACAGGCAUUUCCUUACGCGAGCACCGUCAUUCAAAACGAUUUUUAUGUCGACGACCUGCUAACCAGCUGCGAAACAGUCGAGCAGACUAUACAAUUGCGGGAGUCGUUGACCUGGGUCCUAGCGCAGGCAGGUUUCUGCCUGCGAAAAUGGGCGAGCAACGAUUCUACCAUCCUCAAUUGCGACGGGCCGGAAUCAAACAGCACGGUAGAAAUCAAACCCGCAGACAAAGACCCAAAAACUUUAGGCUUACUUUGGUCGGUGAACACGGACAAACUUAGUUAUUCAAUCGCAAGCGUUUCGAUAAAUCGGGUUACCAAACGGGUUGUUCUGUCUGAAAUCUCAAAAAUCUUUGAUCCGCUCGGUCUCAUAGGCCCUGUAAUAGUUAAAGCAAAAUUAUUAAUACAAGGGCUUUGA